UUUUCGGCCCGUCCCCGGACUAGACGCUGAGAAUUCAGGCGGGGCCGGGCUGUCUCCUGCCCAUUUCCCCUGACGGGGCCACGAGUUCGGUGCGGCUCUUUGGCGACGGUCCCUGCCCGGUGCGGACUGGCCGUUCGUUUCCCCCUCCCCUUCCCCCUCCUCUUCUGCGUGUCCUCGGGUCGGAAGCGCUGGAGGAUCCCGAGGAGGCCGGGCCUGCCAGGGCCGCGGAGGGGGGCGGCUGAUGGGCCGCCCGGGAGCCGGGCGCUGAGCGGCUGCGGGUCCGGGGAGUUCAGGGCCAGAGUCCAGGCAAGAUGCUGGAUUGGGACAGUAGCAAUGUCACAUCAGCCCCAUCCUCUCUGCCCAACAUCAGCACCCCACACCGAUGCUUACUCCUGCUCUAUGAAGACAUAGGCACCUCCCGGGUUCGGUACUGGGACCUCGUGCUGCUAAUCCCCAAUGUGCUGUUCUUCACUUUCCUGCUCUGGAAGCUGCCAUCAGCUCGGGCCAAGAUCCGCAUCACCUCCAGCCCCAUCUUUACCACGUUCUAUAUCCUGGUGUUUGUGGUGGCCCUGGUGGGCAUUGCCCGGGCUGUGGUCUCUAUGACAGUUAGCACUUCAGAUGCAGCCACAGUGGCCGAUAAGAUUCUGUGGGAAAUCACUCGCUUCUUCCUUCUGGCUAUUGAACUGAGUGUGAUCAUUCUGGGUCUCGCCUUUGGUCACCUGGAGAGUAAAUCCAGCAUCAAACGAGUCUUGGCCAUCACCACAGUUCUGUCCCUGGCCUAUUCAGCCACUCAGGGAACUUUGGAGAUCCUGUACCCUGAUUCCCACCUCUCGGCUGACGACUUCAAUAUCUAUGGGCAUGGUGGCCGCCAGUUCUGGCUUGCCAGCUCCUGCUUCUUCUUCCUGGUCUACUCGCUUGUGGUCAUCCUCCCCAAGACGCCUCUGAAGGAUCGGAUCUCACUACCAUCCCGGAAGAGCUUCUAUAUUUAUGCUGGGAUCCUGGCCCUGCUGAACCUGGUCCAGGGCCUGGGCAGUGCCCUGCUCUGUGUGGACAUCAUCGAGGGCCUCUGCUGUGUGGAUGUGACCACCUUCCUGUACUUCAGCUUCUUUGCCCCCCUCAUCUAUGUGGCCUUCCUCAAGGGCUUCUUUGGGGCGGAGCCCAAAAUCCUGUUCUCCUAUAAAUGCCAAGUGGACGAGGCAGAGGAGCCAGACGUGCACCUGCCCCACCCAUAUGCCGUGGCCCGACGGGAGGGAUUGGAUGUGCCUGUGGGCUCUUAUUCCAACACUCAGAUCGACACGGCCGCCUAUUUGGACGAUGUAGCCUCCAUGCCCUGCCAUGUGGGCAGCAUCAACAGCACUGACAGCGAGCGAUGGAAGGCCAUCAACGCCUGAGCCUGCACUCCCUGGGCCUCUGCCUUGCCUUGCCCCAGAAAGGGUUCAGAGGUCCAACAGGAGUGGGGCUUCACCUCCACAUUCCCAGCCCUAACCCCAGUGCAGGCAUGGAGCCCCACAUCUGAUCACCCGGUCCCUGUCUUGGCCAUACCAGCUGGUGGGCACAACUGCUUCCCAGCAUCCUCGGGGAGGGGAGGGGAGGCAAGGCAGAAGUAUGCCAGAAGGCAGGGAGAACGCCGGCCGAUCCAGGAUGUCGGCAGUAGGCCAAUCAGAUGGCAGGGCAGUGUUUGGGAAGCCUUUGCUUGUAGGAGAGGAGAUGAAGCUGGUGGAGAAAGAAUUGUGACCAAAAGGGGGUAGGAGAUUGGGAGAGGGCAAAGGUCAGGGAAAGGUAUGGAGGCCGUGGAGUAGAGGGCAGAGGCCUGGCCCGAGUCCAGGACAGAGCUGGCCAAAGUGAAAAGGGGAAAAGAGCCAGGUGGAAGUGGAGGACAGUUGGGAAGGAAGCCCACUGUCACUGGAGGCCUGAGCCUUCUGAGAAUGGGCAGAGGAGGAGGCUGGUGGAGCUGGCUAGACUGGAGGCUACCUGUUUGGGGCAGAUCUCCCCAUGCUGCUAAACACAGGGCCACUGGGGGGGGGUGAAGACCUCCCAGAAAGCCUUGCCCUUCCAGCCCCGAAAGCUAAACACAGCAGGCCCUGGGUGGGGACUACAAGGAAGCCAACGUGGCUGCUCUGUGGGCAGUGGAGAUAGGGGGCUCUUGAAGUCCUCUCCUUCCCCAUUGAGAGAAGACCCUGGCCAACUCCUGAUGCAGUGUGUGCACAUGUGUGUGCAUGCGUGCGUGCUGGGGAACCUCUCGGGCAUGGGCCCUGACCUUCAAGGGCCAUUCUGAAUGUCAACCCAGGGUGGGGCCUCCCCUUUCCCCUGCUCUAAGGGAGGGUGUACUGUGUACUUCCCCACAGUGUUGAGGGGACACUUGGACUCUGGGUGAUGGAAGAGGUGCUUGGUAGAGGAAGAGGUUUUCGGGCUUUGGGUUAGACCCAAGGCUCUCCUCCUGCCUGGGCAUUGUGUUAAUGGCUGAGCAAGGAGGGUGUGCGCCAGGCUGGGGAUGGGCUCAGGGCUUGGCCUUCUAGUUGGAAUGGCUAUUUCCACAUCUUUGCUGACCUCAUAGGGCUGGCUCUGCUCCCCUGAAGGGGCCGUUUGGGAGGUAUCUUUCCUACCUCUCCCCUCCCCUCCAUCUCUGGUUAAGAAACGUGAAGGCCACAGAUCCUGCUCAGUCUCUCCUCCCCAGUGCAUAGAGGCAGCAGCUCAUCCUCUCAGCCUGGGGGGCCAUCUACUCCCCAAGGAGGCUCCCAGCCACCACAGGCCUCCUUCCCCUACUGUCUGCUGCCCCAGUGUUCAGGCAGAAGCAUCUCUUGUAUAGAACCGCAAAGUUGUGCAUAUUUUACUGUUCUUUGUUUUUAAAAGAAUGAAGAACGAGGGCAAAAGGCUUUGAA